AUGGCAAUAAAGUGCUUUAUUUCAUCCACUUACACCAUUUCCCUCAUCUUCCUGUUCUGUUUCUCCCCAGCUCCCUCUGUAAAGGGACAACAACCCUUGUUUUCACCCAUUCACAAGGACAACUCAACUAAAUUGUACUCCAUUCAAGCUUACUUUGGAACCCCUCUUCAACUCAGAAACUUAUUCUUAGACCUCGGCGCCAAAUACAAUUGGCUAGACUGCACUGGCUACCAAUCAUCCACUUAUCAGCACGUUUUGUAUAAUGCCACUCUUUGCGAUGAGCUCGAUACCAGGGUUACCGGAAACUGUACUUCAGAUAUACCCGGCCCUGAUUGUUCGUACGAUGCCUGCGAAUUGUUCCCUGAAAAUUCUGUGACUCGCAAGGUCGGUGACGGAGAAAUCCUUACCGACACACUUGCUUUACCCACGACCAAUGGCAGGAACCCGGGCAACCUUGCUCUGGAUUCCAGCUUCGCGUUUGGUUGCACUAAUACCCAGUUACUCAGCGGUCUGCCUUCAAUCGUCACCGGAGUAGCUGCCCUGGGAAGAUUCAACUUCUCUUUCCCGGGUCAGGUUAGCAGGGCAUUCUCUUCACCUUUUGUGUUUGCAAUUUGUGCGCCGAGUACAACCUCAGCCAAUGGUGUCGCCAUCUAUAAUUCCUUCGGGCCAUAUUUAUUCUUACCUGGAAUUGACCUUUCAAAAUCACUUUCUUAUACUCCACUCCUCUUGAACCCGAUUGACACUACCAUCAUAACUUACGUUAGGCCGUCGAAUGAGUACUUCAUCGGAUUGACGGGGAUCAGAGUCAACGGGAAACCAAUCCCGAUAAAUCAGACACUGCUCACCAUCAAUCAAACUACCGGAUUCGGAGGGACCAAGAUUAGUACCUCCACACCGUAUACAGUCUUGGAGACAUCCAUUUUCAAGACUUUUACGACGGCAUUCAAGGAGGCGGCAGAUGCUCUCAAUCUAACGUAUGCAGCGCCGCGAAAACCAUUCAACCAGUGUUAUAGAACAGAUACGACCCCCACAACGCGCCUGGGACCGGCUGUUCCGACAAUUGAUCUCCUGUUGGAGGAUAAUGUUGUGUGGAGUAUAUUCGGCGCGAAUUCGAUGGUGAAGUACGGAGAAAGUAGGUGGUGUCUUGGGUUUGUGGAUGGUGGGUUGAAUCCGCAUACGCCAAUCGUGAUCGGAGGACUUCAGAUCGAAGAUAAUCUGCUCCAAUUUGACUUGGUUUCCAAAAGGCUUGGAUUCAGCAAUUCUCUUCUGUCCCGCAGCACAAACUGUUCCAAUUUUAAUUUCACCACUAGCAAUUGA